AUGACUAGUGAUGAUAGUCCAGCAUUUUUAAAUAUAUUGACUAAUGAAACUCUGAUCAAAAGUGAAUAUGUUACACUCGCCAAUACUGAAGCAUAUACAAUACCUGAUUUGAAGACUUGUGAUUUUGAUAAAUCUAAUGGUAUAAUUGUUCAAGAUCGAACUUCAUCUAUGUUUAUAGGAUUUAUUACUUAUAAUUGUUCAUCAAUAAAUUCAUCUGAAUUAUUUGUAUUUGUUAAUGAAUCGAAUGUAGAAAAUUGUAUUGUUACUGCAGAUAUAUCAGAUAAUAUGAAUUAUACUAUUGUUAGUAUUACUUGUGACAAUAUUAUGAAUAAUGCUGGACGAAAUUGGACGUUUAGUAUUGGUAAAAAAAUUUCUGAUGUUCAAAUUAUUUUCAAUGAAAUAUUUAUUGUUACAUUAGCACCUUUAUCUCUUAAUGCAUCAACAUAUAUUAAUGUAACAAUUAUUGAAGAUUUAGAAGAAGCAUUAAUCUUUAUACCGAAUUGUACAGAUAUAUGUGAUAUAGAAUAUCUUAUAUUUCGUUGUAAUGAUUCUGAUAUAUCAAAUCAAACUCUUUCAGAAAAUUGUACACAUACAUGUUCUAAUAUUGAAUCAGGUUCAAUCUAUAAUUUCUCAUUAAUUCGAUUACCUAUUCGAAUAGCAGAUAAAACAGAUGAUGACGAUGAUAAUAUAUUUCAAGAAGAAACUCUUUAUGAAGAAUGUCAAACAAAUCUUGAUAAAGCAACAAAUUUCAAGUUUGAAGAUGAUUGCUGUGAUAAAAACAUAGCACGGAUUUAUUUUAAUCAUCCGCGUGGAAAUUUCGAUCAAAUCUAUUUAAAUUGUUCUACACAAGAUCAAAGUUGUUCAAAUGAUACAAGGAUAUUAACAAAUAUCACUGAAAAUUGUUUAAAUUGUAAUUUUAUUAUGAUUUCUCCAAUACGAGGAGUUAAAUACCAAUGUGAAGCAAUAACUAUUAAAGAAAAUUUCAUAAAUGUAACAUCUGAUACAUUCAAUUUCACAACAGAUCUUGAACCAGUAGUUUUUGAAAAAGAAGGAGUAGAAUGGGACUCCAAUACAACCACGUUCGUUUUUAAUGUCACUCAAAAAAGUGAUUUUGAUCAUCUUGAAUCAAUUUGUGUCGCUAAAAAUAAUCUAAAUCUAUGUCAAAUACGGACAAAAAAUCAUGAUCAAUGUGUAACAACGUUAGAAAAUGAAGGUGUUCAUGGAUGUAACUAUCAAUGUUAUUUUGUUACUAAAAAAUCGAAUUAUGAUAAUAAAUAUUCUAAAAACUAUACAAUGGCUAUUAAUCCUCCAGUACCAAUUUUACGCGUAAGUGAAAUAUCAUCUCGAUCGGUAAUUAUUAAUAUCACAAUAAAUCAGCGAACAUAUAUUGAGUAUUUUGAAAUAAUUCGAAAUAUAAGUCAUAUUGAUACUCUCAAUACAACAGCUACUCUCAAUACAACAGCUACUCUCAAUACAACAACAUUUUCACAUAAAUCGGAAGGUCUUUUACCUAAUCGACGAUAUAAAUUUCGUGUACUAAUUUAUUCAAAUUAUAUAAGAUCUUCUGAUCUUUUGUAUGUAAAUACAUCAGAGGAUGCACCUGAGAUGCCACAUGAAAAUGACAUAAUGAAUAAAAUCAUUCCAAUCGAAAAUGAUACACAAUCACAAAGUGAACAAUAUGUUAUUGAAAUAGAUCCAUCACUAUUUUCACAUGAUAAUGGAAUCAUACAUUACUAUUUGAUUUAUGUACGUCAAAAUGUAAAUAAGAAUACAUUUGAACCAACUUUAAUCGGAACAUAUUAUGCUGCUUUAAAAAAUGAUUCAAUUGAUUAUUUAGCUCUUAAUAUUCCAAUACCAUCACCACCUCCACAAGAUUCUUUUUUGAAAAGUGAUGAUAAAAUUCCUUUAAUACUUGGUAAUGAUACAUGUGAAAAUUAUUCUAAUGUAACUAUUCCUUGUAAUGGAAAAUUGAAAGCCGAUACUAAUUAUAAAAUUAUUGUAAGUGCUUGUACAAAAGCAGGAUGCUCAUCUGUACUUUCAAAAACAUUUCGUACGAAGAUUCAAAAUCAACCUCAAAAACCAUCAAAAACAAUAAUAUGGUAUAUUAUAAUUCCUAUUUUAAUUGUAUUGAUUGUUGCAAUCUUUAUUACAUGGAAACGAAAUGACAUUAAAAAUACGUUUACUAAAAAAGCAACCAGAAGUCCAUCAAUUGAUUCAGAAAAGCCAUCAAUUGAAUUAGAUCGUGUCAUUAAACAGAUGAGACCAAAACCACUUAUUGAAUAUAUAAAAAUAAAUUCACAAGUUAAAAAAGAAAUAUAUGAGGAAUUUGAAGAAUUAGAAAAAAUUUCUCCUUGUUAUCAUCAAUCAAAUUAUAAUCCUGAUUUAGUUGUUUAUGAUCGUUACAAAAAUAUUCCAGCUCGUGGACCAUGGGAACAAACAGCAGUUUAUUUAACAGGUGUACAUCGUUUUCAUGAUUAUAUUAAUGCAAAUGAAAUCAUUAGUUAUGAUAAAACAAGAAAAUAUAUUGCAUGUCAAGGUCCAUUGGAAAAUACAUGUGAAGAUUUUUGGGAUAUGAUUAUUCAAUAUAAAGCACCAAAAAUUCCAAAAUGUCAUUCUUAUUUUCCAAAACGUAAAGGUGAACAAAUGAAAUUUGAUAAUAUUGUUGUAAAAGUAAAUCACAUUGAAAGUUAUCCUCAUACUAGUCUGGAAAUUCGUCAUUUAUCUAUAAGACAAUAUGAAGUAAAACAUGCUGUUAUUCAUUAUCAUUAUACUGGCUGGCCGGAUUUUAAUGUUGUUGAAGCAAGAAAAUUACUUGCUCUUAUUGAUAAAGUAAAUACACAUGAAUCAUCAUUAUCUUCAGUUUGUCAUAGAACAAUAAAUGGUUCAUUUUCAACACCCAUCGUUGUUCAUUGCAGUGCUGGUGUUGGUCGAACAGGUACUUAUAUAACAGUAGAUACCAUAACUCGUCUACUCGAUCGUUCUAAUGCUGAAUUAGCAACGUACGAACUUGAUGUGAUGGCUAUUGUAUAUCAUUUACGACAACAAAGAGUUAAAAUGGUUCAAACAAAAGAACAAUAUUUAUUGAUAUAUCGUUGUGUUGAAGCAUAUUUGAAACAAACUGAUCGAUUAGAUGUUGUGGCACCAGAUCUAUCAAAUCCAUAUGAAAAUUUACAAAAUUUUUCACAAAUUUCAGCUUCUCAUCAUUAUAUGAAUUCUUCAACAGGUAGAAAUGUAACAAAGAAUCGUUCAAAUAUUGAUCCAUUGUCUUACUACAUUGAUACAGAAAACAACAGACCAAUUUUAGAACGAUCAAGUACAAUAACAUCACAAGUUAGUGGCCACAGUCAUCUAUCUCAUCCUCAGACACGACGACCAACGAAUGAUCCAUCACCAUAUGAUUUUUAUCCUAGAGAAGAAAAUGUUAAUACGAACCAUCACACACGACCACAAAUACCACCUCGACGAAGUAUAAGUACACCAACUGGUCUUAGAAUUCAUCAACGGAAUACUUAA